UGGGCCGCUGCGGCCUGCCGGGCACUGAGGGCGGCCCGUGGCGGUGGGGACCGCCGAGCCCGGCCGCCGGCGAACUCGACGCCAGGAUUAGCUCGAGCAGCCCUCGGCGUCAAGCCCCUGUUCCUGGGUGUCUGAGUGACCUGGGUUGGGGGGAUCGACCCUGGGAAUCUCCGGGUGAGGGGUGCUCGGCCCUGUCCUAAGGGUCCCGGAGUGGGGGAGGGGGUCACUUCUGUUUUUGAGGAGCUUUUGGAUGAGGGCUCGUGGCUCUGUGUCGGCGAGCUUGUGGCGUAGGGGCUUGGUCCUCUCCUCUGGGGGCACGAAGUGAGGGGCCUUGUCCCUGUCACCGCUUGGAGAGCCCAGGUGGGCAGCAAGAUUCAGACACGACAGCAGCCGGAUGGAGCACUACCGGAAGGCUGGCUCUGUGGAACUCCCAGCACCUUCCCCGAUGCCCCAGCUACCGCCUGAUACCCUGGAGAUGCGGGUCCGAGAUGGCAGCAAAAUCCGCAACCUGCUGGGCCUGGCGCUGGGGCGGUUGGAGGGCGGCAGUGCUCGGCAUGUGGUGUUCUCAGGUUGUGGCCGGGCUGCAGGCAAGGCUGUCAGCUGUGCUGAGAUUGUCAAACGGCGGGUACCAGGCCUGCACCAGCUUACCAAGCUGCGCUUCCUGCAGACCGAGGACAGCUGGGUGCCAACCUCACCCGACGCAGGCCUAGAUCCCCUCACAGUACGCCGCCAUGUGCCUGCGGUAUGGGUACUGCUCAGCCGAGAUCCACUGGACCCCAAUGAGUGUGGCUACCAGCCCCCGGGGGCACCCCCUGGCUUGGGCCCCACACCUACCUCCAGCUCUGGCCCCCGACCCCGAAGAAGGGCUCGAGACACCCGGUUUUGAAGACCUGCUGGCAAGCUGUUCUCCAGGCCUGAAUGUCUAGGAUGGCUGGGCCUUCUUUGAGAAGCCUCUGUAACUGCUCAACACCCCCAACAAGACUUGAGUCUACAGAAGUGGGCCUCCCUGUCCUGCUUCCACUUCCCUCUGGCUUGUGGAAAGGGACUGCUAUGAAGAGUGACAGGUGUGGUGUCUCUGCCGGGUUCUGGAUUGCCUUCUACCUACAGUGCCUCUGAUCUACCUUCUGACAGAGGUCCAAGGAGUGGGUUAGGAAAUAAAGGUUCUGCCCAUUCGUCUGA